UGUCUUUUGCUUAGACUCUAUCAUAUGGAACCAACCGCGAAUGGCACUACGAAUUCCAGCAGAUUCGAUGACGAGCGUUCUCGACACGAGAGGCGCGCUGCGCUCAAGCGGCAGAACCUAAGUCCUACGACAAAAGAAUCCUCAAAACUUGAUUCUUCUUUGAAACGACACACGGCACUCAUCAAGAGGAUGCGUCAAUCUAUGGCCAGCGACAAUCGUGAACAAAUCAUCAAAGAUAUCGACGCUUUGUCGCUAGAAAAGUAUCUGGAUGAGAUUGCCGGGGCUUCUCUGGAUGGAAUAUCGAGGUGCAAGACCGAAAGAGACGUAUGGAGCGCCGUCGAGAUCCUCUCUGCACUUCAUCGGCGGUUUCCCACCGCAUUUACUUCGAAGCUGGUCUCAUUACUAUCUUCCGCUUUGGCUGUCCCAUCUCGAGCUAGUUUGUCGAGUCUCACAGCCGAACAGCGGGAAAAAGAGGACUCUUCACGAGUCGUGCGGCAGCGCCCUGUCCUCCGCAUAUGUUCUGAACUCGCAUUGGUCGGAGUUAUCCGUGACGAUCCGCUGCGCUCGGGAGGAGAAUGGAUCAUGAGGGCAAUGAAGGAAAUGCUAUCCAAUGACCCUACACUGUCUUCGUUGCCGCUGUUGGCCACCUUCCUCAAAUCCUAUGCUUGUCCUUUCCUCGGUCUGUUACCCGCUGGUCUUUCAAAACAAAUCUCUUCCGAAACCGAACCUGGGUCAUUAUCCGCAUCCCAACCCGAACCUGUUCCUCCAAUGCUCGAUGAAGGAGAACAAUUAGUCGAGAAGGACAUACGGGAUCGUUUCAAGCGUAUGUCUGAAGGUUAUUUCGAGAAUGUCUGCAAAAAGCUAGUCAUCGAGCAUACUCGUCUGCAAGAACAAGAUCGACGAAACCAUGAAGCCUAUAUACGUUCCGGUGAGAUAUUUGAAGACAGGCAACAGGCAUAUGAGAAAAUGACCAAGGGGUACGAAAAGCUACUAGCCAAUUGCCAACAACUCUCUGAGCUCUUGUGUUUGCCUCUGCCUGAUCUUCCCAAUAAUGCACGCAAGACCGACAGUCUCCAAAUUGGGGUCAGCAGCUCAAAUAAUCCUGGUGGAGAAGAGUCGGACGAAAUAUACACUACCGGAGGAAAAUGGGAAGAUGAUGAAGAGAGGAAAUUCUUUGAAGAAGUUCAAGACCUCAAAGACUUUGUUCCAAAAAGCGUGCUAGGACUAGACGAUGCAGAUAAAACCACGGACGACGAUUCGGAGAAGGCCAUCGAGCAGGAAAAGGAGCUGCGAAAGCUGGAUGAAGAGUUGCAAAGAUUGGGAGGCGAGCACGGUAUUUCAGAGAAUACUCACUCUAUGGACGAAGAGGAUGAUGCUCCUACACCUACACCAGGCACGCCCAGAGUCGCUAGUCCACCUGCUUCUCCGCACCUUACUCCUCAGGGGCCAUCUCAGCUGCUCUCAGCGCUCCUCACGCGCCUUCCAGACGCAACGAAUCGCACACUAAUUGAUCAAGCUGCUAUUGAAUUCGUAUUUUUGAACUCGAAAGCCGCCCGAAAACGGCUUAUAAAGUUUCUUGGACAGGUUCCCAAGAAUCGCACGGAUCUCCUACCUCAUUAUUCUCGACUAGUUGCUACCCUCAACCCUUAUAUGCCUGACAUUGGCACCGAGCUUGUCUCCAUUCUUGACGAAGAAUUCCGCUACCUUCAACGCAAGAAAAAUGUGGUCAAAGAGUUUACCGAAGUACGAAUGAAGAAUAUCAUGUAUCUUUCAAACCUGACCAAGUUUCGUGUCGUACCAACUCACCUCAUUCUGCACAUCUUCAAAGUUUGCCUGGAUGACUUUUCUGGAUCCAACGUUGAAAACUUAGCAUUGCUUCUGGAGGGAUGUGGACGAUUUUUACUUCGCAGCGAUGACACGAGAGAGAGGUUUGGGACGAUGUUAGAGCUUAUGAGACGUAAGCAAAGCAUGCAACACUUCGACCAAAGACAACUUUUAUUGCUCGAAAAUGCGUACUAUCAGUGCAAUCCGCCGGAGCGAUCUCCACCUCAACAGAAGCAGCGAUCGAAUAUGGAGCUUUUCAUUCGACAUCUUAUAUACGACGUCCUCGCCAAGAAGACCAUCGACAAAGUCUUCAAGCUCCUACGCAAGCUUGAUUGGGACGCUUCCAGCACAUGUGUCACACUCUUCAAAAUAUUCACCAAACCGUGGAAAAUUAAAUUCGGGAAUAUCAGUUUGAUGGCAAUGCUCACGUACGACCUUCAGCGUUACCAGCCAGCCUUCUCAGUCUCUAUCGUUGAUCAAGUAUUAGAAGAUGUUCGUCGGGGACUCGAGCAGAAUGUGUAUCGUACGAAUCAGAGACGGCUGGCGACAAUGAAGUACCUCGGGGAGCUUUAUAUAUACCGCCUACUUAGUUCGGGAAUUAUAUUUGACACAUUGUGGUCAAUGGUUACUUUUGGACAUCCUGACGGACGGCCAACGCCUCACCAGGCCUGUCUUAUUGACAUGCCAAAUGACUUUUUCCGUGUUCGUCUGGUCUGUGUCCUCUUGGACACUUGUGGCAUGUGUUUUGACCGAGGGUCCCAAAAAAAGAAACUUGAUAAUUUCCUGGUAUUCUUCCAGUACUAUGUGCACUGUAAGGAUCCUUUACCAAUGGAUGUUGAUUUUAUGCUUUCUGAUUCCUUCGAGGCUGUAAGACCAAAGUUCAAGAUGUCCAAGACCGUUGAGGAUGCCGCAAUCGCCGUAGAUGAAAUGCUUACGGCUGUAUUUCAAGACGUGGACUUGGUCAAUGGUGACGAUAGCGGCGAAGACAGCGAAGAAGACGACGAGGAAGACGAAGACGAAGGAAGACGAAGAGAAGAUAAGGAAGAGGAGGAGGAAGAGGAAUUAGGAGAGGCUGAUGAAAUGCCGGAGGAACGUGCACCAUCUCCUGAACAAGCAAUCGUUCUUUCAGCCAGUAACAGUCUGCAAGAGAACCUUGGUCCAUCAGAAGAAGCUGAAGCCGAGUUUGCCAAAGAGCUAGCGAAAAUGGUCACAGACACGUCAGCAGACUCACGAAAGCUUGAUAGGAAGACGGCAAUGGCUUUAUGGGAUUCUUCUGUUCUACCUCCAAAUCUACGAAAGAAACGUCCAGAAGACGGAGAUGAGGACGAGGAAAUAGAUGCAAACACAAUGCACUUCACGGUUGUCACUAAACGAGGGAAUAAACAACAGACCCGUAAAUUGGCAGUGCCUUCCGAAUCUGCGUUGGCAGUGCACACUCGCUCUGCCCAGUUGCAAGACAAAGUAGAACAACAGCAGCUAAAGCGUCUAGUCCUAGACUAUGAACAACGAGAAGAGGCAGAGGAAAUGAAAGCACUGGAAGCACGCAAUCGUACCGGAGCGAUCAAGAUUCGCUAUGUUGGAUAGCGAAGACAGGCACUUGUUGACUCUCUAGCUCCAGCCUUUCGGAACAACUCUUCGUUGACCGCGUUCACUGUCGACCUUCCUGAGCCUUUUUGCGCAUAGGGAUGUAUUGUGCUUUGGUCCUUCAUGGACCGGGGUCCCUUGCUUCAAGUUCCAGCUUAGUAUGUACCGUCUUAGCCCUAGCGCCUAGCGGUAUGCGCAGACAAGGGUGGCAGUGUCCUUCAUCGCCUGAAUGUCUUUUGCCGGAUCUCAUAAC